GAUGGGAAUGGAAAUCUCUUUGGCUUCUUGGUGGGAUUGAAGGGUUCUGCAGUGUUUUAGACUAGCUCCAUGAAGCUAGCUAGUCAGUCGCGUUGUGACGCUGGAUCUGACGCUGAUGAGUGCGGACUGACACCGGGGCGAGCUACGAAAACGGAAGCCAGCUGGCCUUGUAUGCCCUCUAGCUAGUCGGGAUCGGAACGGAUCCGGAUGUGGGACGGGAUAUGUUGUGCUUUGUCGGUAUGCAUGGUCGAGUGACAGUCCUUGGAGGCGAUCCGAUGCGACGGAAUCUAUCGCAUGCUUGAAGCCACGUCCUGGCAGCAUAUACCAGUAUUCGAGUCGAGCGAGUCCUCAGUCUAGUCGAGUCCUUGCAGUGGAGUCGAUUGGUUGCAACGACGGGAUCUAAUGCUUACUGGGCUGCAUCGAGCAGUAAUGGUUCCACGAAUUUGGUUGUAAGCUCACAAAUCAAGAAAGCAAAGCAAAACAUUCGAAAACACACACACACAACUACUAGUAUCUCUCAAGAUGAAAAAGAACUCAAAUUUCUCGCUAGCAAGUGCAGCCACGACCGCACUAGCCAUAUGCCUGGCUGCUGGGCCAGUAAAUGCAACGACAUUCUUAUCACUUCAAGAAGAACUUGCACGGGCCAGAUCAGUUUGGAAUUUUCAGGAUCGGGGUAACUACGACUAUCAAUACACCAAACAAGACCUUUUGUCGCACCAAGCUGAGUAUCCAUGGACUGUCAAAGUCCGUUCUGGCAUUGUACACGAGGUGAGGAGGAACGACGGAACAGUAGUCCUCCCUAAUCCAUUCCCUCCAACGAUUGACGACUUGUUUGUCACAAUUGACGAAGCAGUCAAUUUCAAUGUGCACUCAGUCGAUAUCGAGUACAGUGAUACACAUGGCUAUCCAGUGGAUAUCGCUAUUGACUAUGACAAUCAAAUUGCCGACGAAGAGAUCUUUGUCAGCAUCUCGGGCGUUCAGCAGCUCCCCUCGUAUAGUCACGCAGCCCUUCAAGCGCAGCUCACAAACGCCAGAAACCUCUGGGAUUCCUUUCUUGUGACUACGUACACUUUCAGCUACGAAGAGCUGUGCCUUUCAUGCUACAACUUGAACUAUCCUUGGGGUGUGAAUGUCAGGAACGACGAAAUCAGGGCGUUGGACGCAGCAGGAACACUUGUCGGAAGCAGUACUGGUACAACUGUUCCAGAUCUCUUUGACAAGCUGCAGCUCGCCUUGGACCUUCGAGCGCACGAAAUUCAAGUAUCCUUUGAUGGAAGCUUUGGGUAUCCAACGAGCAUCUACAUUGAUUUUGAUGCAACGUUGCCGCAUGAGGAAGUCAGCCUGAGAGUUUGGAACAUGAACAUUCUGAACAACCCAAGAGUAGACCUUGCUGAGGCCCGAAAUCAGUGGGAAGCAUUGGGUCUCCCCAGCUAUGCAUAUUCUUUCCAAGAGUUUGGCUUCCACACAACAUUCGAGCAAAACCCCUAUCCAUGGAGAGUGACAGUAUCCAACUACCAGGUUGUUUCCAUUGUAGACGCCAAUCAAAACCCAGUCGCGUCCUUGACCUCGCUACCGUCCAUUGAAAGCAUAUUCGAAACCAUCCAGGCCUCCUUCGACUCAAAUGCAGAAACAGUUGAAGUGACCUACAACACCGAAUUGGGAAUCCCUGAAUCUCUUUUCAUUGACUACGACCAUGAUAUUCUCGACGAAGAGCGCCACUUUGAGAUUACUCAGUUCACUGUCAUUACUGUCAUUGACUUUUGAACAUUCUAAUGUACCCUGUUCUAUCAGCACUAGUAUUUCUUUAUGUUC